GUGCUGGCUCAGUCUGGGCAGCUCUGCUCGCCGUCGUCGCUCGGGGACCGCGGGAUGACACCGCCUCUGCCCGGAUGCACCGCCCUCGGCGUCCUGCCCUCCCGCGUCCCCGGCCGGCCGCCUCGGUCCCGGCUCCCGCUGCGGCUGCUACUGCUGCUGCUCUGGGCGGCCGCCGGCACCCACGGCCACGCGAGGAUCGGACCCCGCGUCUAUGCUGUCUGGAAAGGCCACACAGGGAAGGACCGGCUGGAUUUUGGCUCGGCAGAGCCGCACACCGUGCUUUUCCAUGAGCCAGGCAGCGAUUCCGUGUGGGUGGGUGGACGUGGCAAAGUCUAUGUCUUCAACUUUCCCGAGGGCAAGAACGCCUCUGUGCGCACGGUGAACAUAGGCUCCACGAAGGGAUCCUGCCUGGACAAGCGGGACUGUGAGAACUACAUAACACUCCUGGAGAAGCAGGGCGAGGGGCUGCUGGCCUGCGGCACCAAUGCCCGGCGCCCCAGCUGCUGGAGCCUGGUGAAUGGCACUGCAGAGUCGCUUGGUGAGAGGAGAGGUUACGCCCCCUUCAGCCCGGAUGAGAACUCCUUGGUUCUGUUUGAUGGGGAUGAAGUGUACUCUACAAUCCGGAAGCAAGAAUACAAUGGGAAGAUCCCUCGGUUCCGCCGCAUCCAGGGCGAGAUAGAGCUGUACACCAGUGACACUGUCAUGCAGAACCCGCAGUUCAUUAAGGCCACCAUCGUGCACCAAGACCAGGCCUACGAUGACAAAAUCUACUACUUCUUCCGUGAGGACAACCCCGACAAGAAUCCCGAGGCCCCUCUCAAUGUGUCCCGCGUGGCCCAGCUGUGCAGGGGGGACCAGGGCGGUGAGAGUUCGUUGUCAGUCUCCAAGUGGAACACCUUCCUGAAAGCCAUGCUGGUGUGCAGCGACCCCACCACCAACAAGAACUUCAACAGGUUGCAGGACGUCUUCCUACUCCCUGACCCUAAUGGCAAGUGGAGGGACACUAGGGUCUAUGGCGUUUUCUCCAACCCCUGGAACUACUCGGCUGUCUGUGUAUAUUCCCUUGGUGACAUUGACAAGGUCUUCCGCACUUCCUCACUCAAGGGCUACCACACAGGCCUUCCCACCCCUCGGCCUGGCAAGUGCCUCCCAGACCGGAAGCCGAUACCCACAGAGACCUUCCAGGUAGCUGACAGUCACCCUGAGGUGGCGCAGAGGGUGGAGCCCAUGGGACCUCUGAAGACGCCACUGUAUCACUCUAAGUACCACUACCAGAAAGUAGCUGUCCACCGCAUGCAUGCCAGCCAUGGGAGGACCUUCCACGUGCUUUACCUCACUACAGACAGGGGCACCAUCCACAAAGUGGUAGAGUCAGGGGAGGGAGAACACAGACUGGCCUUCAACAUCGUGGAGAUCCAGCCCUUCCGUCAUGCAGCCGCCAUCCAGGACAUGUCCCUGGACCCUGACCGGCGGAAACUGUAUGUGAGCUCCCAAUGGGAGGUGAGCCAGGUGCCCCUAGACCUGUGUGACAUUUAUGGUGGGGGCUGCCAUGGCUGCCUCAUGGCCCGAGACCCGUACUGUGGCUGGCACCAGGGCCACUGUGUCUCCAUCUACAGCUCCCAAAGGGCAGUGCUGCAGCCUACUAAUCUAGAAGAGCCACACAAAGAGUGCCCCAACCCAAACCCAGAUGAGGCCCCGCUGCAGAAGGUCUCCCUGGCCCGGAACUCUCGCUACUACCUGAGCUGCCCUGUGGAAUCCCGCCACGCCACCUACUGGUGGCGCCAUGGUGAGAAGGUGGAACAGAGAUGCGAGCCCGGCCACCAGAGCCCCACCUGUGUCCUGUUCAUCGAGAACCUCACUGAUGGCCACUAUGGCCACUACUACUGCGAGGCCAAGGAGGACUCCUACCUCCACAAGGCCCAGCACUGGCAGUUGCUGUCAGAGGAUGAGGCCAAGGCCGAGCACCUGCUGGGCCAUGCCCAUGCCCUUCUGGCCUCUCUUUGGCUGGGGGUCCUGCCAACACUCACUCUUGGCCUGCUGGUUCAUUAGGACCCCCUGGGUGGGGCAUGUUGUAGGCUUCUGCAGUCGAAGGGCACUAGAAGAGUCUCACACCUAGAGCCACUCGGCUAGGAGUUCCUUGCCCACCACAGCUUGCAGGGGCACUGCACAGCUCAGCAGGGAAUGUCAGGCCCAGAGAUGGCCGACCACGAGCAGCUGCUGGGCCUGGGUGGGGCGGGGUGGCGGCGGCCAGAGGAUGAAGGUACCAGCUAUGAAGCUGGGACAUCAAUGGCCUGAGACUUUAUCUUCUGCAGACUUCAAAAACUCCCUCUUGAACUUGAAUAAAUGCAGUGAUGCUCCUAGCCCAAGAGCCUGUGGGCCAAAGAGGGGUUAGAAAAGGGGAGCUGGGAUCCCCUUUCUGGACCUUCACUCUGAGGCCUGAGUCCUUCUGGACUCUAUAUUCAGAUCGCCCUCUGACCCUCCCUCCUGCUGCUGCAGGGAGUGGCUGGUAUGCCUGCAGGCCCAGGGCUGCCCUCUCUGGCCCCUGCACCAGCCCUGGGUCCCACUAAGGCAGCCUCCUUGCAUGUUUAUUGAAGGAUGUUUGCUUUCCGGACAGGAGGACGGAAAAAGCUCUAUUUUUAUGUUAGGCAUAUUUCAUGUAUAGCUACUUCUGAUUGCAUCUGUAUGAAAAUACCAAAACUACAUACUUGGGGUAGGGUGGGAAAGGGAGGGGCUGGGAAGGGAUGGGUUGUGGGGAGUCCCGGUCUGAGGCUCUCGGGCAUGGGAUAAGAGUCCAGGGACAUGGCAUGAGUUCAAGAAGAUGGCAUGAGCUGGCUCUGCCCUGGGAGCUCAGGCUGAGGGGGAUAUUUUCCAAGCCCCCCUGUUGGUUAUGGGAGGGGGUGGGGUGAGGGAGACGGGAAAGUGAAGGCAGAAACUGAGACGUAGGUUCAUACAUUCAUUUAGAGGGAGUCCAGUUCUCAGGGGGAGGUUUCAGGACUCUGCCCUUGGCGUUGGGGGUUGGGGGUUGGGGGUCCCUCCCCCCGCCCUCAGCCCCCUUCCCCAGGGGCUGCUCUUCCAUGCUCCCAGCCUCCCACCUUCAGCUCAGGACAUGUUAUAACCAAGGCUAAACUGUGAAUUCCUGUUGGGACAGCCUGGGUCAAGCUCUCCAGCCCUGUCCAUGGAUUUCAGCAGAGAGCUGGGCCUUCUCUGGUGUGUCUGGCCAGCCUGGGGCAGGGCCUGGGGUUGGUGGCCUUCCAGCUUUGGCCCCUGCAUCUCUUUUCAAUGCACUUUAAUGAUAUAACAUAUUACUAAUAAACAAGCUAUUUAUUUA